AUGACGAAGAUGCUCUUGGGGAGCAUACUAACAGCGAUCAUGCUAGCAGCUAUGAUGCUCAGUGCCGUGGUCAGCUUGGACGAGCCGCAACUAGCCCCUCGACGAGACAAGCGCUCCCGGGGUAUCAAGGACAACGAGGAGGAUAACGACGACGAGGACGACGAGGAGGAGGAUAACGACGAGGAGGAGGUGGAGGAGGAGGAGGAGGAGGAGGAAGAAGAGCAGGAGAAGGAGAAGAACGAGGAUGGGGAAGAGGAAGAAAAAGAGGAGAUGGAGGAGGAGGAUAACGAGGAGGAGGAUAACGACAACGAGGACGACGAGGAGGAGGAGGAAGAAGAGGAGGAGGAGAAGGAUGAUGGGGAAGAAGAAGAAGGAGAGGAGAAGGAGGAGGAGGAGRACGAGGAGGAGGAGGAGGCGGAAGAAGAGGAGGAAGAAGAGGAGGAGGAGGAUGUGGAAGAAGAAGUGGAGCAGGAAAGAGGAGAAGCAAAAGGCGGAAGAGGAGGGGGAGAAGGAGGAGGAGGAGGAGGAGGAGGAGGAGGUGGAGGACGAAGGGAGGCAAACUCACCUGGCGCAUGGGUUGCGGCCGUUGGGUGUCGGAGUUCGGCAACUGCAACGCCAAACUCCACCGACAGGGAAGUGCGAAUUCGCGUGCGAGACAACGCCGCCUUGUCUCGAAAUUCGAAAUUGAAAUCGGUUUGAUCUGGGCCGUCAAUCGCAAAGAUUCGACG